AUGGAUUUCUCUUUCUCUUUCAUGCAAGGGAUCAUGGGAAACACAAUUCAGCAACCACCUCAACUCAUUGACUCGGCCAACAUCCGCCAAGAGGAUGCCUUUGAUGGCAGCAGUGACAUCGCUGAAGAUGGUGGCCAGACGCCCUACGAGGCUGCCCUGCAGCAAGGCUUCCCCUACCCCACGCCCACGCCCGAGGAGCUGCCCCCCAUCACCAAUGGCUACCCACCCACCAUCAACGUGUAUGAACCUCAAGCCAAGUACCAGGCCUACGCCCAGUACCCCAACGGCUCCGCCAACGGCUUCGGUACAGGCAGGACCUUUAGUCCCCCGGAGUACUACCAGCUGGAGAACUCCAGCAGCGCCAGGCCGCACGACCUUCUGGAGAAACCUUCCCCUCCUCAGCAGCCACCCCCAGCACCCCCCCCAGCGCCCCCCGCAGUGUCCCACCCGGUGAUUCCAAAGAAGACUGGUUCCCCAGAGAUCAAAUUAAAAAUAACCAAAACGAUCCAGAACGGCAGGGAAUUGUUUGAGUCCUCUCUGUGCGGGGACCUUUUGAAUGAAGUCCAAGCCAGUGAGUAUGCAAAGGCGAAACAUGAAGGGAGGAAAGAGAAAAGGAAAAAAAGUAGCAAGCAUGACUCUUCCCGAGCGGAAGAGCGCAAGGCACACAAAAUUCCCAAACUAGAACCAGAGGAGCAAAAUAGACCAAAUGAGAGGCUUAGCAUGGUAUCAGAGAGACCAAGAGAAGAUGCAGUGGUGGAGGACACCCCGGUCCAGCAGCUGCUGCCUUCUCUGCCCACACAAGCCACCCACGACAUCAAGUUUCAGGUUGGCGAUCUGGUUUGGUCCAAGGUGGGAACGUACCCAUGGUGGCCUUGCAUGGUUUCAUGUGACCCCCAGCUUGAUGUUCAUACCAAAAUUAAUACAAGAGGUGCCCGUGAAUACCACGUUCAGUUUUUCAGCAACCAGCCGGAGAGGGCCUGGGUGCACGAGAAGAGGGUGAGGGAGUACAGGGGACACAAACAGUAUGAGCAGCUCCUGGCUGAGGCUGCCAAGCAAGCCAGCAACCACUCUGAGAAACAGAAGAUCCGCAAACCCAGGCCGCAGAGGGAGCGAGCUCAGUGGGACAUUGGCAUUGCCCAUGCCGAGAAAGCCUUGAAAAUGACUCGGGAAGAAAGGAUAGAGCAAUACACCUUCAUUUAUAUAGACAAAGAGCCAGAGGAGGCUUUGUCAAAAGCCAAAAAGACUGCUGCUGCCAAACCAGAGAGCAAGAAGAACCGGCGGCCCAAGCCGGCCCCCAGCAGCCAGCCCGAGCACAGCAGCGCCGGAGCAGCGUCGCCGGCCGGAGCCGAGGGGCGCAGGCAGAGCCAGCGGCGCCACUCCAGCGUGGAAGAGGAGGAGCCACCUCCUGUCAAAAUCGCCUGGAAAACAGCUGCAGCUAGAAAAUCCUUACCAGCCUCCAUCACCAUGCACAACCUGGACCUGCAGAAAUGCAACAUGUCUCCGGUUGUUAAGAUUGAACAGGUUUUUGCCCUUCAGAACGCUGCCGGGGAUGGGAAGCUCAUCGAUCAGUUUGUUUAUUCCACUAAGGGAGUUGGUAACAAACCAGAAAUCAGCAUCAAAGGACAAGAGAAACUCAACUCAUCCUCAAACCAGAGAAAUGAAAAAGCAGCAGUGCAGAAUGUGUCCUCUCCUGAAACAACUUCAGGGUCGACAGGUUCAGUAGAAAAGAAGCAACAGAGAAGAUCAAUUCGAACCCGCUCAGAGUCUGAGAAAUCCACUGAAGUUGUGCCAAAGAAGAAGAUCAAAAAGGAGCAGGUUGAAAUGGUUCCACUGACAGCAGUGAAGACAGGACUGCAGAAAGGUGCCAGCGAGAUUUCAGAUUCCUGUAAACCUUUGAAGAAGAGGAGCCGCGCCUCGACCGACGUGGAGCUGACCAGCUCGGCUUACAGAGACACCUCUGACUCUGAUUCCAGGGGACUCAAUGAUGUCCAGGGUAGCUUUGGAAAGCGUUCAGACAGCCCUUCAGCUGCAGCUGAUGCUGAUGCCUCUGAUGUGCAGUCAGUAGACUCCAGUUUAUCCAGGAGAGGAACUGGAACCAGUAAGAAGGACAGUGUUUGUCAGAUCUGUGAGAGCUCAGGCGAGUCGCUGGUGUCCUGCGAGGGUGAAUGCUGCAGUGUCUUUCACCUGGAGUGUCUGGGCCUGAAGUCCAUGCCUGAGGAGAAGUUCAUCUGCAGUGAGUGUAAAAAUGGGGAACACACGUGCUUCUCCUGCAAGCUGCCUGGCAAGGACGUGAAGCGCUGCUCCGUCAGCACCUGCGGCAAGUUCUACCACGAGUCCUGCGUCCGCAAGUUCCCCACUGCCCUCUUCGAGUCGCGCGGCUUCCGCUGCCCCCAGCACUGCUGCACUGCCUGCUCCGUGGAGAAGGACAUCCACAAAGCCAGCAAAGGUCGCAUGGUGAGAUGUUUCAGAUGCCCCAUUGCCUAUCACUCAGGAGAUGGCUGUAUUGCUGCAGGAAGCUUGUUUGUGUCAUCCCACAUUCUCAUCUGUAGUAACCAUUCCAAAAGGAAUCACUCCUCAUCAGCUGUAAAUGUAGGCUUUUGUUUCGUUUGUGCAAGAGGGUUGGUAGUGCAGGACCAUUCAGACCCCCUGUUCAGUUCAUAUGCCUAUAAGUCCCACUACCUACUGAACGAAUCAAAUCGUGCUGAGUUGAUGAAAUUACCUAUGAUUCCUCCUCCUCCUUCGUCAGCUUCCAAAAAGAAAUGUGAGAAAGGUGGAAAACUGUUGUGCUGUGAAUCCUGCCCAGCUUCCUUUCACCCUGAGUGUCUCAACAUAGAAAUGCCUGAGGGAUGCUGGAAUUGCAAUGACUGUAAAGCUGGCAAGAAGCUACGGUACAAGCAGAUCGUUUGGGUCAAGCUUGGAAAUUACAGGUGGUGGCCAGCAGAGAUCUGCAAUCCCAGGUCUGUGCCUCUCAACAUACAGGGCCUCAAACAUGAUAUCGGGGACUUCCCAGUAUUUUUCUUUGGUUCACAUGACUACUAUUGGGUACACCAGGGCAGAGUUUUCCCUUAUGUUGAAGGAGAUAAAAGCUUUGCUGAGGGGCAAACUAGUAUUAACAAGACCUUCAAGAAAGCACUUGAAGAAGCUGCAAAGCGCUUCCAGGAGCUGAAAGCACAAAGAGAAAGCAAAGAGGCGUUGGAAAUGGAGAGGAAUUCGAGGAAACCUCCACCUUAUAAACACAUAAAAUCCAACAAGGUGAUAGGGAAGGUUCAGAUCCAGGUGGCCGACCUGUCGGAGAUCCCUCGCUGUAACUGCAAGCCCUCAGAUGAGAACCCCUGCGGGCUGGAGUCUGAGUGCCUCAACAGGAUGCUGCAGUACGAGUGCCACCCCCAGGUGUGCCCCGCGGGGGAGCGCUGCCAGAACCAAUGCUUCACCAAGAGGCUCUACCCUGACGCCGAGAUCAUCAAAACCGAGCGGCGGGGAUGGGGCCUCAGGACCAAGAGGAGCAUUAAAAAGGGGGAAUUUGUCAACGAGUAUGUUGGUGAGCUGAUUGAUGAGGAGGAGUGCAGGCUGCGGAUCAAACGCGCCCACGAGAACAGCGUCACCAACUUCUACAUGCUGACUGUGACCAAGGACCGGAUCAUCGAUGCUGGCCCCAAGGGGAACUACUCUCGUUUCAUGAACCACAGCUGUAACCCAAACUGUGAAACCCAGAAAUGGACAGUGAAUGGUGACAUCAGAGUGGGACUCUUUGCUCUUUGUGACAUUCCUGCAGGAAUGGAAUUAACAUUUAAUUACAACUUGGAUUGCCUGGGCAAUGGUAGGACUGAGUGUCAUUGUGGAGCAGAGAACUGCAGUGGUUUCCUAGGAGUGCGGCCAAAAACAGCGUUUGCAACGGCAAACGAGGAGAAGGUGAAGAAUGCAAAACUAAAGCAGAAGAAGAGGAAAAUCAAAACAGAGCAGAAGCAGAUGCAUGAGGACAACUGCUUCCAGUGUGGAGAUGGGGGAGAGCUCGUCAUGUGUGACAAGAAGGACUGUCCCAAAGCAUACCACCUCCUAUGCCUUAACCUGACUCAACCACCUUUUGGAAAGUGGGAAUGUCCCUGGCAUCAGUGUGACAUCUGUAGCAACCCUGCAGUUUCCUUCUGUGAGUUUUGCCCUCGCUCCUUCUGCAAGGAUCACGAGAAGGGAGCCCUGGUGGCAUCAGCCCUGGAUGGCCGUCUCUGCUGCUCCGCACACGACCCCAAAUCUCCCGUGGCACCCGAGUACUGGAGCAAGAUCAAGUGCAAAUUGGAACCACAGAAUCCUGCAGAAGAAACCAAGGAGUGAAUUUGGUUCUAAACAAAAAGAAAGGAGGGGGAGAAGAGGGGGCAAAGAGGCAACGAACUUGAAGAGAUUGCUAGGACACAUUCAGUCUGCCCUGGGAGCCGUCGUGUCUGGCCUGGGACCAUUUAACCUUAGCAAGCAGAAGCAAGGAGCUGGUGUUUGGUUUUUAUUCUUUGGUCAUUCUUUUACCCUUGAAUGUGCUACAGCAGCUCUUACUGAUGGGAACCAGGAAACAUCUUGGGCCUUUCAAAGUGAAAAUGCAGAACCUUUUUGGUUUGGUUUUGUUGGGUUUUUUGUUGUUUUGUUUUUU